AUGGCCAAAUCUGAUGGAUAUAAUAGCCCUUUUGAUUACAGUAGCGAUGAAGAAAAGGAAAUUGAAGCAUAUUUCCCUGACGAUUUCAAGCAAUAUGUGGACACUCAACUCAACCGCUGCCCACUGGUGCGUCAUGAUUGUGGUUUCUUCGGUGGAUGGGUUUUCUGGAGCCGAGAAGACGACCAAUCCGAACAUCCUCCGAAUAUUUUGGAUUUAAAAAAGAAGAUCAAAUAUGUCCUUCGAAAGUGGUUACUCGAUUGGUUUGAAUAUCCAUCACUAGUUCAAUUUUGGGCAUCCACAAUGACAAUGGAGGACCGGUCUUAUCUUACCACUCAAAACCAACCUUUCGCUCUUUCUACAUUUGAUACAAGAAUUGAUGAUGAUGUUAAAGGACCUGUUAGAGGACUUUAUGGGUAUAGGAUGAUCUCUAAGGACUAUAAAUUUUACACGGAUAGAGAGAGUUCAGAUGAACAACUUGGGGCUCCUGGCCGUGUGUUCAACCAUGGAUUUCCCGAAUUCACUCCCAAUGUAGAACAUUACUCUAUCAAAGAGUAUCCAUUGCGCGACCAUGCUUUACGUUGCCAAGUUGCACAAUCUUUGGCUAUCCCACUGUUUGAUCUUUCUACCCACUCAUGUGUUGGUGUACUUGAGAUAGUUUCAACAACGCCCCCAAUAGACUCUCUAUCGCACUACUACUUUGACUGGCAGGUUUUCUGUAAUUUGAAGGAGGUAGGUCUGGAAUCUUCAAUUUCGGUUGCAGACCAUCACAAGGAAAGAAGUGUGAGACAUAGUGAAGCCUUACAUGAAAUCAACAAGGUGUUGGAAGUUGUGCGUGAAGAUCAUGGUUUACCUGUGGCUCAAGCAUGGGCCCCGUGCGACGUUGACUGGACAUGCUCAGCUCUAGUUAAGGGUGACAUUUUCCAUGUGAUUAGCUAUUCCACAACAUAUAAGUGCUGGAAAUUCAAUUGGGCCAACGCUGUAUCUCACUUAAGAAAGGGGCAAGGAGUUGUUGGGAGAGCAUUCUCGUCCCCCAAUGUAUUAUUUUGCAAGGAUGUAACCCAACUUAGCAUAAUUGACUAUCCAUUGGCACACAAUGCACGGGUUGAAGAAUUAGGUGGUUGUUUCGCAAUAUGCUUGCAAAGUAGUUGCACUGGAAAUGACAUUUACGUGUUAGAGUGCUUUAUGCCGCCAAGCAACAAAGACUAUGGUAAUCAAUAG